AUUACAUAUGAGCGCCCUGGUUCGUAUUCCCUGCCUUAUUCCCUGUCAUCACGAUGAAAAAUACGCAAGAGAAUCUUGCAAGUCUCACCAUUUGAUCACGCAACGUGACAGCAACCACGCGAGAGUUCCCGACACGUGCGUGGAUCCGCGCGGAUAUAUGACGUCAGGAUGGCGCAAUUUGUUCUAAAAAUAGAAAAAUUGUCCUCGAUUAUGGCUCCUGAAAUAGCUUAAAGUGAUAAUGACGAUGAUGAUGGGAUGGGGAAAGAGGUUUCAAUUUUGUAAUGCCGCUGAAGGGAAGGCGCAAAAAUCAACAACGAAGAAUUAUGUUAAAAACGAAAAACAAAAUGUAGCUUGACCUGCGUAUGCAUAGCAGUAUGUGGCUGCUAAGGCCGUAUUGUUACCUCAUGCAGAGAAAUUUUCCCUUACAUCAAAAUUCCAGCGAGGUAUAAUUGAAAAGUUACUGACAUAAUUUUUAGGGAUAAAACUCGUUGUGUCACGAGAAGUCUUGUAAUAGAUAAAAUUUCUAAACGUGGCAAAAUCCGAGACGAUGGAAGCCUUUUUGGUAAAUUUAGAUAAUCAAUCUCUUUGUUUCAUUUCAGACCUAACUCAUUGUAAAUUGUUUUGGGCCGGUUUUCUCACCCCCUAGGUCAUAGACUUUUAUUUUUUUAAGCCAUUGUGGUCCAUUCUCAAGCAAGAUAAAAACGGUCAAAGCAAUGUGUAUUUACAGCCUUAAGAUGGAUGGGAGGCCGGUGUUAAGUGCAAUUUCCGUUGAAUACCAAUGAAAUCGGAAAAGUUUAUGAAAAUAAAAGAAAGAAAUUAAAAUAAUUACCAACGCAAAGAGCACGAAACAAAGAACAAAGGCUAAGUUGAUAAAAAAGGUAAAUGUCCGUGUGUACAAAAUUAAUGAAAUUUUUUCUAAUAUGUCGACCACAUUAGGCAUCACAUGUGUGCUUGUUUGAAAAGUGAGACCAGCAACUUAUCGCACGACGAAAUGACAAUUGUGAUCACGCAAACUUUGUCAGAAAUUUAUACAAGUCGAAUAUUUGCUGCAUGCCCAAAGCAAGAAGGUACAGUUCUCAAGCAAUAUUUUUCUGUCGCGGAAUACGUCACUGUUUACUCUCCCGUGGGAUUUCUUCUUUUCAUGCGAAAAGAUAUUGGCAUUAGUUUAAUUUAUUUCCACUCGUUUGUAAACAAGAUAACGACAACAGGAACUUACUUCAAGUAACGAAUUCAUCUUAGUAAAAUGCACGUGCAAACAAAUCAAGUCAUUAUAGUUUACACGUCAGGGGUUUAUCCAUUUUUGAAAGAUUACCUCGUUAAAAAUGCAACACACUAUUUUGCGUUCGCUCAUAAAUUUACGCCAAAUUGAACGUUUCCUAGCGGGAGACACAGUCGAGCAUCAUUUUCUGGAAGGAACCUAUUGACUUAUCAUGGGCCACUUUGAAUUCAACAACACUUCUUAUGUCACUAGCGCGAGAAGCCUUAAUAAUGGAACGGCAGACGAGUCUUAUUCGAGUGCUUGCUUCUAUAACGACACUACGGCCACCCGAGCUGCCAGAGUUGUUGUUUACUGUGUGAUAAUUCUGAUAUCAGCCCUGGGGAACUCCAUGACAAUCAUGGUAGUGUGGCGCAAUAAGACUAUGCGGAGAACUUUCCACUGUUUCAUAGUCAACCUGGCUGCUACCGACUUGAAUAUCACAUUGGUUUAUAUGCCGCGAGUAAUUGUCAUCUGGUUACGGGGAACAGACUGGCUGGUAGAGGGCAUAUUUGGCUCAGUGCUGUGCAAAGUUGUUCCUUAUCUUCACGGCGUUAGUAUUUUGGUUUCAAUUCUUACAUUACUAACUCUUGCCAUCGAUAGAUUUUUUGCAAUCGUCUUUCCUUUAAAACUGGAACUGUUCACUGUUAAAUCAUCGAAACUUGUGAUUGCGUUCAUCUGGGUUUUAGCCAUGGCCGUUCGGUUUCCUUACUUUCUAUCACUUAAGGUUGUAUUCCACACAUCCAGAAGUGAAUUUUCUUGCGACGCUAACAUGAAAAGAACUUUCAAGAACAGCAACGCACGGGAAAUAUACUAUACGUUUCUGUUAGUCGCGUUCUAUGCUCUUCCCUUCGUUCUUAUCUUAGCUUCGUAUACCGUCAUAGUAAUCACUUUGCGACGAUACAAAACGCCUUCUGACAAGGAAAUAGCCAAACUGGUGCAGAGAAGACGCGGGAAGGCAAGCAAAAAAGUUAUUUACAUGUUGCUGACGGUCACUGCAGCUUUUGUCUUCUGUUGGUUGACAUAUUUUACCGGGCAAAUCGUGUUUGACCCGUUACCGUGCAAUUUGAGAUUUUGGCGCCUUUUUCUGGCGCAUAGCAACAGCGCCCUAAACCCAUGUUUGUACGCAGUUUUCAAUGAAAAGUUUCGAAAGGGUUAUAAACGCUUGUUGAGAUCGUGUUGUCGCUGAAGGCAUUGUCUAAGGUGCUACUAUAGAAAACCAAGAUAAACUGGGUACAAUCGCAUAUGUAGCCUAGAAGAUGUACAAAGUAAAAAAAUAAUAAUUGUAAAAAUAUGACCAUUAAUAAUAUGAUUGAUUGAUUCAGCUAUGCGCUUCAAAUUAAACACUGUCGCGGGAGUCUCUGCCGUUUAAAUUCUUGUGUUUCAGUUUCCGAAAUUAUUGCCGAGUCAGUUGUAGGUGUAAACUUCAUGGAUUGUAUAAGUUAAAAGAAAUAUCUUUUAACUUGCCAACUGAAAAUGUUAUUAGACCAAAACAGAACCUUUGGAUUCAUCAAAAAUGAAUGAUGUUUAAGUUGCAUUUUACUCUCUCUUUUUCAUGAAUACUGUUAUCCUAAGUAUUCUGUAGAAAACGUAGACAUAACAAAUGAUCCAGUAAGGGCCCUUCGUUGAAGAAGCGAUGAGAAAAUGGCAAGCGUGAUUUAAGACUGCUCCUCCGAUAAAU